AUGGGGUUACCAUCUCACAAAGAUAUUGCUGAAAACGAAAAAUCAGAUGAAUAUGCCAAUUUUGCCACGAAAAAUUUGCUCAACCCCACAAUAGAUAUCAUACCCAUUAGUGAUAUUAAAAACUCUAUCAAAAAAAAAAAUCUUUUCAUCUUGGAAAAAUCACUGGAUCUCAAUACCUACAUCAUACAAACUAAAAAAAAAAAAAAAGAACAAUCCAAAAAUAGCAUACCUCAUCCAAUCUCAACUGACGUCAAGACAUUGCAAUCGCCCGCAUUAGAAUCGGAUACUCCUUUCUCACACUCUCAUACUGAAUAA